AUACACUCUCUCUCUCCCUUCUACCUUCAUUGUUAUUAGUGUUUUGGGUACCACACAAGUUCACAAUAACAUCCACACUUGUGGGGUGGGGGAGCAUAGAGAGCCAAAUAACAAUGAGAAAACCUUGUUGUGACAAAGAAGACACUAACAAAGGUGCUUGGACCAAGCAAGAAGACCAAAAGCUUAUUGAUUACAUCCGAACUCAUGGCGAAGGAAGUUGGCGUUCCCUUCCCAAGGCUGCAGGGUUGCAUCGUUGUGGCAAAAGCUGUAGGUUGAGAUGGAUAAAUUAUCUACGACCAGACAUUAAACGUGGCAAUUUUGGCCAAGAUGAAGAAGACCUCAUCAUCAAACUCCAUGCCCUCCUUGGCAAUCGGUGGUCACUCAUAGCUGGAAGAUUGCCAGGACGAACAGAUAACGAAGUGAAGAACUAUUGGAAUUCUCACAUACGCAGAAAGUUAAUAAAGAUGGGAAUUGAUCCAAAUAAUCAUAAGCUACACCGAAGCUUCCCUGUUCGACAUGCUCACAAUGUUUCUGCUACCAGUGCACCAUCAUCUGGGUCAUUGAACAAUAGAGUCCCUUUAAUCAAAUCCAAUGGUUCAGAUACAAUGAGUUUUUGUCAUGUAGAAACAGCAGUGGUUAAUUCUUCUUCUUCAUCCCACUUAAAUCUUGACCUAACCAUUGCUUUCCCUUCGCCUAAACUUGUUCCAGCUGUGGAAGACAAACCUAAACCUAUUUCUGAGUUCUCUAACACAAGAAAAAUCGAUGAUGAUUCCGCUCCUACCCUUCUUCUGUUUCGAUAAUUAGUUAUUGAUUAGAUUGAGGUGUAUAUCUAUGUCAAAAUAUAUAUCUACAGAGUCAAAAACAUUGCAAGAUGCAUAUGAUCCAUUGAUUAUAAUAAUAUAUGAGGUUAAUUGAUUCAGCAGCAGAGCACGACCUUGCAGUAUAUCAUACAAGGUAACACAAUGAUUUCUAGUAUGUAUACAAGCUGGGGUUGAGAUUUGUUUAGAAUUGGAAUUUGAACUUUGAAACACUUAAUGUAUUUCCCUUUAUAGUGC